AUGACCAGGACGAGAGGGGCCCGCGUCAGGAAGCUUGUGGUGGUGGGGCUGGUGCUCGGGGCCGCCGUGGUGGUCACCAUCAUCACCCUGUCUGUGCGCUACGCCCAACAGGACGGGCCCUGGGUCCGGUACCGGCUACCGGACUCGCUCAAGCCACACCAAUACAACAUCACCCUGUGGCCUCGCCUGGCAAAGAACGAGCACGGCAAGUACAUCUUCACUGGACACUCUACCGUGAGCUUUGAGUGCGUGAAGGAGACAGACCUGAUCCUCAUUCACUCCAAAAGGCUCGAGUUGAACAAGUCCAACGGGCAUCACGCAACACUGACCGGACUUGGUGGUGCAGUUGCACCAACUAUCAAGGCCACAGGGCUUCAGGUGACCACAGAGUACCUGGUCAUCCAGCUCAAUGGCAAACUAGAGGCAGGGAAGUCCUACCAACUCUAUACCAGCUUCACUGGAGAACUGGCGGAUGACCUGAGAGGAUUUUAUAGGAGUGAAUACUCUGAAGAAACAGGGUUGAAAGUCCUUGCCGCAACUCAGAUGGAGGCCACUGAGGCUAGGAAAGCCUUUCCCUGCUUUGACGAGCCCGCUUUGAAAGCUGUCUUUCACCUGACUCUCAUCCACAGCCGCAACACUGUAGCCCUGUCCAACGGCAUGAAGAUUGGGUCUGUUAAUACCACAGUGGACGGAGUGGAGGUGUCCGUGACCACAUUUGAACCGACACCAAUUAUGUCUUCCUACCUGGUGGCCUUCGCUGUUUGUGAAUAUGGCUCCAUCGGAACUCCAGCAGGUGCCAAAGUCUUGGUUCGUGUCUGGGCCCAACGACAGGCCAUCGCCGAAGGUCAGGCUGACUAUGCCCUGAAGAAGGCUGCCUCCAUUCUGGACUAUUUGGAGAGAUACUACAAUGUCACAUUUCCCCUCAAGAAAUUAGACCAUGUAGCUCUGCCUGCUAUGGACGCUACGGCGAUGGAGAACUGGGGCCUGGUAACGUACAGCAAAAAUGUCCUUGUGCGCACUCAGUCGGCGUUCGGACGACAUUUUUCAGUUGGUGUCAUAGCCCAUGAGCUGGGUCACAUGUGGUUUGGGAACCUGGUUACGAUGAAAUGGUGGAAUGACAUAUGGCUGAACGAAGCCUUCGCCACCUACGUCUCCCGUCUGGUCGCAGCCAUGACUGAGCCACAUGAUGAACUGAGAGACACAAUGCUCUGGUAUGAUAUGAAAUUAGUGUUUGAGAUGGAUGCUAGAACCAACUCAAAGCCUCUUGCCUACCCAGAGGAAGAGAUCAACACCCCAACAGAGAUAAGCCAGCUUUUUGGCCCCAUCGCCUAUGACAAAGGGGCAUGUGUGCUGAAGAUGCUUUCAGAGUUUCUGACAGAGGCAGUCUUUUCCAAAGGUCUGAGUAACUACCUUCAUGCAUUCGCAUACCAAAACACAAUGACCACAGACCUCUGGGAACAUCUACAAGCUGAGGUGGACCGUUCUCCUGCUCUGAAACUUCCGGGCACCAUCCCGGAGAUCAUGAACCCUUGGGUCUUCCAGAUGGGCUUCCCUGUCGUCACCAUAGAUACCACAACAGGAACCAUCAGCCAAAAACACUUCCUGACUGACUCGGACUCAGUGGUGGAGAGACCCUCCAUCUACAAUUACGAGUGGUUCGUGCCCAUAACAUGGAAGCGUAAUGGAACGAUACAGGAGCGGAAAUGGCUGCUUUCCAAGUCAGAUGUGCACGAGCCAAUGAAGACUUCAGAAUGGAUUCUGGCCAACCUGAAUGUAGAUGGAUUCUACAGAGUGAACUAUGACGAUGGCAACUGGGAACGGCUUUCUGCAGAGCUACAAAGUGACAGCAAGGCAAUUCCAGUCCUCAACCGGGCUCAGAUUAUAGAUGAUGCAUUUCACCUGGCCCAGGCAAAUAUGACUGACAUAGUCCUGGCUCUGAAAACAACACAGUACCUGACAAAAGAGACAGACUACGCACCAUGGGAAUCAGCUCUACUUGGCCUAGAACCUCUGAUUCACAUGCCCCCCCACAUACACAGAGCUACACAGAAAUACAUCAAGAAACAAGUUGAAUCCAUUUUUAUGCACAUCAAGAAUGCUGCUGUGAACGGGACAAAGGAUUUUAUCUUUGUCCAAAAGAGAAUCUUCGACAUAGCCUGUAGAGUGGGUUUGGAAGGCUGUACUGACCUGGCUCGGGCCUGGUUCCAAGAGUGGAUGAACAAUACCCUGGAGAACCCGAUCCCUUACAUGUUGGAGUAUAUUGUGUACUGUCAUGGCGUCGCCACUGGGGGGCAGAAGGAGUGGGACUUUGUCUGGGGCACACUGAGAAACACAAGUGAUGAGUAUAAGCAGUCAGGACUGACCUAUGGUCUGUCCUGCACUAAAGACCCCGGGAUGCUCAACAGGACUCUACAGAACUUACUAGACCCCUCCAUGGGCAAUAGUCUAGCCCAUCGCAUUGAGAAUAUUUCUUACCUUGAGCAUUUCCAGCCGCUGCUGUGGGACUACAUCAGAGCCAACAUGAUGGCCAUCUUUAACGAUGAAAGUGAUUACUCAUAUAUGAUUGGGGAAGUGACUCAGAGAUUCUACACUGAGCUUGAGCUCAAACAGCUGCUGGACUUCAAAGCGGCACUGCAGGCGGCAGGCUUCAGCUCAGUGGCCAAAGAUGUCCAUGAGGCCACGGAGAGGACGAAGGCCCAAGUGAAAUGGAUGGACGAGAAUCAAGAAAAGAUGAUCCAGUGGUUGACCUCAGCAGCAAAUUAGCAAAUUAAGACAAAACAAAUUAACAAAACAAAUUAAGUUAAAGAGGAACUAUGCAGGAUUGGCGAUUUCAUCUCUGGUUUCGGUUUCGUUGUUCGUUUUCGCUCGUUUUAUGCUUGCAUUUUCUCUGCAGAGCUUCCCCGACAGCUUUAGCGUGUAUAUUUAUACAUGUAUAGGCUAUAUUUAAAUAUAUAAAUUGCAAGUGUGGUUCUUCGUCUCAGACUUCCAGAUGUAAACAAAGAGCGAUCGUCUUCUGCAGAAAGUUGCAUAGGGUCUCUUUAAAGCUUGGCAACCCUUGGCAGGAUCAGCUACAUUUCCCCCUCUGCUGGAGAAAGUGUACUGUUCAUGCUGUCUCUUAUUACUGUAACUGUGAAAAAAAGUAACGGGACGGUAAGUCUUAAAGUUGCCAGGUUGGUUUUCAGCCUGGGGAGGCCAGGGGGAGGGCACUCAUGGGGAAAGCCACCAUUUUCACCGGAACAGAUCAUUUAAUCAUCCAAAUGAUUUCUAAACGGGUUUGUUACGUUGAAAUGGUUGCCAAGUCCCCUUUAACAUUUAGUUCAUUCAUUUAAAGCUGAGGUUGGCAAGAAUGUUUUAAUCAUAGUCACUGAAUCCAACAGUAUGCUCCGACAGAACAUAAAUCAGCCGGUUUUAGUAAAAAAACCACGUUUUGUUUUGCAAAAAUUCACCGCUCUCGAUUCUUGUGAUCCAAUAAGCGCAGGGCUGUGUGGUCAUUGGCAUACCUGACUGUCAAUCACAGUUCGUGCACAGUCACUAACAAGCAUAACCUCGAUGGGAGGGUGCUCGGUGGUAGUGGGGGAGGGGCAUGAGAUACGUUCAAAAUGUUGGCUACGUCCCCUCAAUCUGCCAGCCCUGCCAACUGCAGCUUUAAUUCAUCAAUUAACUAUAAACUUACUUUACAGCAAAGUCAAAAGAGGUUCCUUGUUAUCAAAUUAGUUUGAUACAUUGUGUUCUAGUUGUCUACUGUGUAUUAUC